AUGACCCUAGAGGAGGAGGACUGGAGCGAGAUGAUCUCGUCCAUGUCCUCCCCAAGGCCGGCCAUCAGGUAUCUAAUAGCCUCCCCCAAUGGUGGGGGAGACCGAAGUCCCGAUCCGGAAAGGGAGAUCAUCGACUGGCCUCACCCCAAUCUAUCCUGGGACCGAGGUCCCGAUCCGGAAAGGGAGAUCAUUGACCCAGGGGAGCCCUGGCACCACGACAAGGUGGCACACCGUCGCCAGAAAUGCUUCCGGUGCCUAGCACGGGGCCACGUGCAGCAGAGGUGCCCGUCCAAGGUGAACAGGGCCCUCUGCUGCUACAAUUGCGGCGAGGAGGGACACAAGAGGGGGGGCAUGUCACCGCUCCUCCCGGUGCCCUAUUUGUACGGUGGCGGGGAGAGAGGCGGGCCACAGGGCGGGAUAGGAGACUUGCCCUCCGGUCCACCCCCUGCGCCUUCGAGCUCUCCCACCAAGCUGAGGACAGCUCCUCCCCCAGGGCGAGGUGAGGCCACCACACGAGUUCCGUGUGUGGUCCUCACAGAUAUUGGGGGAAGGGAGCCACCGCGGGCGGGGUCCCCAGAACCGGGCCCCAGCAGGGUCAGACCAAUCGAGGGCGCCAGGGUCACGAGGGCGCAGUCCUCGCGGACCCUGGCCAAAAAGCGCCCUAGGGCACAAAGUGCUGCAAAAUCAGUCCAUAAUCGGGCAUGUGUCAAAUUAAAAACAAGAAUAAUUCCAAUAAUAAGAGAGGGCAAUAUCCGUGAUUUGAUAAGAUACGACUUACUUAUAAUAUUGUACGGCAAUUAUCUUUUAACAUUGAUUAUUAUACAGAUUUUUAAUCGGAGGCGAGCAGGAGAACUAGAAAGAAUUUUAAUAAGUGAUUAUAAAAAUUCAAUUAAAAUGACAGACACAGAUAAAGAGUACAAACAAUUACAAAAAUCAGAAAAGGUUGAAAAUGAGGUAUCUCAUGUUGCUAAUUUUAUGGGUCAUCAUGAAAAUAUUCACAAGCAAAUUUAUAGACAACUAGUCGCAAAAGUUGAUAUUUUAGGCAUGUCCAAAAUUUUAGAAAAAGCUCACUAUACAUCUGCAAACGAUACUAGUAAUAGUUUUGUAAUAAAAGAAAACGCAACAGAUAUUUUCACAAAUAUAAGUGAUAUUCAAGAAACAGGUAGACGAGCGUCCUCGGUACCGUUGCUAUCUCCGAUACGAGCGUUCUCGUAUACCCGUCGAGCGUACUCGGCUCCUCCGGGCAUCGAUCUUCGUAUACAGGGCAUUCCCUUAUACUUAGUCAAAUCGCCGCUCUAA